AUGCCAAAAACGAGGAUUUUCUCCAACAAGAAAAAUAGUUCGUCGUUGGCAUACCAGCUCGCCAAGCAGUUAGAAAUCAAGCACACAUUCAACAGCAAUGUUGAAAUGGCCGGAGAAGACUGGCUCAGAUCAUUCUUACGGCGAAAUUCUGAUUUGUCCGUUAAGAGGAGGCCCAUCUUGAAGAUAAAACAUGCGUACCCGAACUUGUUUGAAAAAGCUCUGGAAGGUUACUGCCAAAAAGUGCAGGAAUUCUGUCCGAAGGCACCGGGACCUCAAGGACCUCAAGGACCUAAGGGUGAUCCUGGAGUCCCUGGACUUAGAGGAUUUCCCGGAAUACCUGGAGACAUGGGUAAUAGAGGUUUUACUGGUUUGCCUGGUUUACCUGGUUUAAAGGGGGCCAAAGGAGACAAAGGUGCUCAAGGUCCAAAAGGACACGAUGGUGUGGCAGGCACUCCUGGAUUACCGGGAGAAAAGGGAGAACAAGGACGAGCAGGAUUAGAUGGGAGAGAUGGCAUACCAGGCGAACCUGGUCUUUACGGUAUGCCAGGAAGGAAUGGUCACGAUGGUCUACCCGGAAAAGAUGGAGUCCCAGGAAGAAAUGGCAAAGAUGGAAUUAAUGGUAUGAAAGGCGACAGAGGUCCUCCUGGACCUCAAGGACCUGUUGGACCAAAAGGAUUGACUGGUCCCAGGGGAAGACCAGGAAAACCUGGAACCCACGGAACACCAGGAAUUCCUGGAAUUACAGCCUGGAAAACCAUGGAUAAACACAAUGUUACUUACCUCGUGCCACCAUCAAUUGCUGGUGCCCACACAGGUCCUAUGGGACCGAUAGUAGUGAAUGAAGAGGACAAUGUGCGGUUGCACUGCUCAGCCACGGGUAAACCAACUCCGCAGAUCACCUGGCAGAGGGUCGACAACAAACCCAUUCAUAGAGGUGGAGCUUGGCACGAUGUCCAAAUCCCUGGUAAUAGUCUGAAUAUUACUUUGGUCCAUAGGGACUAUAUGGGUGAAUAUAUGUGCAUAGCUGAUAAUGGAGUACCUCCACAGGCCAAUCAGACAUUUAUUUUGGAGGUAUACUUCCCCCCGACCAUCCGGAUCGCAAAUCAGAUGGUCGGCGUCGUCAACGGAUCAACGACGGUGCUGGAGUGCGACACGGAGGCGUUCCCCGAUCCAGUUAGAUAUUGGGAGCGAUCGGACGGUCGUCUUUUAGAAAACGGCGAUAAAUAUCGAAUAGACAAUUUGCUGGAGAAGGAUGGUUACAAGGCUCGGAUGCAAUUGAACAUCACCAGAGUGAAUGCGAUGGACAUGCGGUAUUUAUACUAUUGCAUUGCCAAAAACGAACUGCAGAAGACCAGAGGAGAAUUCACUCUUUUCGAAAUUGAUCCUCGGAUGCCCCCACCCCGUGGUGGCGGCGAGCAGGUGAAGGAGAAAAUCUUCGGUGCUUUGCCGCCCAUCAAGAAGUCUCCAGACGAUCUGUGCCCACCCAUCCGAUGCCCCGACUGCGACAACAAAUGCACCACCGGGGUAUCACUGAUCGAUCUCAUCAGUAAGUGGGACGUUCGGCAGUAUAAUGAGGAUCAGACAUAUAGAGGCAUUGGCGACAGGAAUAAGGAAUGUGUCCUCUACGCCGUUGGAAAACCGGUGUACCUCCGGUACACAGACUACACUUAUGGUUCUUGGAUGCGGGACCCUGCUAGCGCGCCUAAUGAGAAGGAACACGAGAAGUUUUGGGUUACCUAUGAGAACCAAUCCAACGUACUCUUCGAAUACGACAAUAAGACAAUGUUUAGGAGUGACACGUCUAACAAAAAUUAUCAUUUGGAUCAUCCUUUCGGGGGCAACAGUCACGUGAUAUACAAGGGAGCCUUUUUCUAUAAUGUCAAGGAUACCAGCAGAAUAAUAAAGUUUCACUUGAAAAAUUUGAGCAUGGUGUCGCUGGACUUACCCACCAACAACACUAAAUUGUCUAGACUAUACUCUGGGCAGUAUAAUUAUAUGGACUUCAGUGUGGAUGACAAUGGAUUAUGGGUUAUUUUUGCUGUUCCUAAUUCAAACAAUACAGCUGUGAUGAAGGUCGAUGUUAAUACAAUGAAGCCAGAAUAUAUAUGGAAUAUUAGUCUAAAUCACCAUAAAGUCGGAGAAAUGUUUAUUGUAUGUGGGGUUCUUUACGCCGUGGACAGCGUUACUGAUAGAAACAGCAAAAUAAGAUUCGCGAUGGAUCUCUACAAAAAUACUUUACUAGAUGUCAAUUUGGCCUUUUCUAAUCCUUUUAGGAAGACCACCAUGUUGGGGUACAAUCCUAAAAAUACGGAACUUUAUUCAUGGGACAAAGGUAACCAGUUAACGUAUCCUGUGCGAUAUCAUGAUAUAGGGUACAACAUCACGGGCAAAGACGAUAAGACGGAUUCGUUAGAAAAUCCUAAAGCAUUGGGAUCGACUGGGUUCACGGUGAACCACAGAGAUGAGCAUGGUUUCACUUGAGGAGUUAGACACUAAAUAAAGCAGUUCAUGCAAAAGAAGGCAAUUAUUUAGCAUUUAUUUCGAAUAACAGAUGUAGAACGAAUGAGCUAUGGUUGUGAAUAAAAUGCUAAAUUCUUGUUUUAAAUGAAUAAGUUAAAAAACUGUAAAUAUUUUAAUAUUAUUUUUUAUUCAAAUACAAUUUUGCAUUAUAUGUACGUUUGUAUACUUAUUUAGAAUAAAUUUGAUGUUUUUUUU